CAAUUCCCAUCCACACACCUCCUUUGCGAAAUGGCAUAUCUCAGCGUUCUGGGGUUUGUACUUGCUGCAUGGAUCGCCUUUCAGUGGGCGCUGUUCAGGAUAUCGGAGCGAAAGGUUCGACACAUCCCAACGGUCGGCUCUGACGGCUUUAUCUCGUCCUACAUCUCAGCUUGGAAGUUCAUGCUGAACGGCAGGAAGAUCGUUCAGGAAGGUUAUGAAAAGCACAAGGGGUCCGUAUUCAAGGUCCCGACGAUCAUGACUGCCAACCGAUGGCUCAUCGUUGGCGCUGGAGCGGAUGUCGCGGAUGAAUUCAAGAGGGCGAGCGAGGAGGAACUGUCGUUCUAUGAUGCUACCUUCGAGCUAUUCCAAAGGGAUUUUAUCCUUGGCGAUUUGGGCCCGCCAGUCCGGAAGAAUCGGUACCAUAUUGAUGUGAUACGUGGUCCGCUGACGAGGGGGCUGCCACUUCGGUUUGAAGACCUUAAAGACGAGAUCGAGACUUCAGUGGGGGUGUUUAUUCCUUUGACAGAGGAUUGGGCCCCUAUCCAGGUUUACGGAAAACUCCUCCACAUCGUUUCUCGCACCACUAAUCGCAUAUUUGUUGGAUUGCCGCCGGAACACCGAGUAUUGCAAGAUUCAGGAAGAUCUGACCGUCAAUAUCUUCACCGUUUCUCGCCUCUUGAAUUUGUUGCCUCUCUUCAUGAGACCCCUUGGUGGAAGACUGUUUAGCAAGUUCCAGUCAUUCCACGCGGCCGUAGCAAAGCAUAUUGAGGGAAUAUGGAACGAGAGGCGUGUCGCGAAGAGCGAACACUAAACCAAACCAAAGACCAG